UGACUCUCUUGCUCUGCUACUAUGGACGUGAACUUCCGGAAGAUUGACAUUGAUCAAUACGACGAGGAUGUAUUGCUUGACAGCGAGCUCUACGAGGCCGACCCGCGCGACCCUGCGCAAGCGUUGAACGAUGUGAAGCAGAAGGCGGCAUCUGUACGGGGUUCACUAUCCAAGGGUGAUAUUGCAGGAGCCCUGUCUCUGGUUCUCGAGGAUGCUCCUUACGGCCCGGCCGCAGAAGAGGCGAAGAACCUCAACCUACAAACCUUGGUCUCGAUACUGAACAGUACCAAGGCGACGGAGAUUCCGGGUGUCGUGAAGGCACUGUCUACGGAUGCGCAGGACACCCUGAUGAAGUACCUGUACAAGGGUAUGGCCCUGCCAGGUUGGGGGGACGUGAGCGGGAGUGUGCUUCUGGGCUGGCACGAGAAGCUGACAGAGGUUGCGGGUACUGGCUGCAUCGUGCGUGCUAUGACGGACAGGAGACUUGUAUGAAUGCACUACAAAACGGAAUGUACACUAUUCUGCGCGCACGGCACGCCGAUACCAUCUUCUCCAGAGAG